AUGAACAAAAUGUUUCGUGCCCUCACACGCCGCAAGCCGCUUGAUGACUCAACGGCAUCUAGGUUAGCCGGAGUACUCUCCGCAUUUGAUUUAACAUUCCUUGGUAUAGGCAGUACACUGGGUGUAGGCGUCUACGUACUGGCUGGGGAAGUUUCCAAAAGCUAUGCUGGCCCAGCAGUUGUCAUCAGUUUUCUGAUUGCUGCCAUAGCUUCAACAUUCGCUGGACUUUGUUAUGCAGAAUUCGGCGCACGGGUUCCAAAAGCCGGCUCGGCAUAUAUUUACAGUUAUGUGACCAUUGGCGAAUUUGUUGCGUUUCUUAUUGGUUGGAACCUUAUCCUUGAGUACGUAAUAGGUUCCGCCAGUGUUGUUAAGGGAUUAAGCACCUAUUUGGACUCAUUGUGUAGUUAUGCAAUGCGAGAUUUUCUUAACAAACACAUUCCAAUCCACGUGUCCGGCUUCAGCACCUACCCGGAUGUAUUUGCAUUUGUAGUGACCUUGCUUUUCACUUGGGCUAUUGCAUCAGGUGCCAAAGAGUCAACCAGAAUUAAUAAUAUCUUUACUAUUAUAAAUCUCGGAGUAGUCCUGUUCGUCAUUUUUGCAGGGAUCUUCAAUGUUAGUAGUAGCAACUGGAAUAUACCAAAAUCUGCAGUUCCGAUGAAUUACGGCGAUGGGGGAUUUAUGCCUUAUGGAAUUUCUGGAGUUGUCAAGGGAGCCGCUGUUUGUUUUUAUGGCUUCAUAGGCUUUGAUUGCAUUGCAACAGCUGGUGAAGAGGCAAAGAAUCCAAAGAAAUCCAUACCAUUUGCUGUGAUUGUAUCAUUACUGAUAGUUUUUGUAGGCUACUUUGCAGUAUCAACCGUGCUAACUAUGAUGUUGCCCUACUAUGAACAAGAUGAGAGCGCCCCCUUAUCACACGUCUUUCGUAUCUAUGGAAGGCACGUAUCAGAAUAUAUGAUAUCUAUUGGCGCAAUUUUUGGACUGUGUUCAAGUCUAAUGGGUGCCCUGUUCCCGUUGCCACGUAUUGUGUUUGCUAUGUCAAAUGAUGGGUUGCUGUUUAAAUGCCUGGGCGAGAUAAGUAAUAAGUAUAAGACACCAUUUAAAGGUACAAUUCUGAUGGGGUUACUGUGUGGUAUACUGGCGGCCAUAUUUAAUCUGAGCCAGUUAGUGAACAUGAUGUCCAUUGGCACCUUGCUUGCUUACUCUAUGGUGGCAAGCUGUGUGCUUAUGCUGCGCUACGAGGUAGAUGAUCAUCACGAUAGUCAAAUUCUUGACGAGGGAGGAAUCUUAUGUAAUGGUGUGGAGUUUUUCAAACAAUUAUUAAAUAUCAAUAAGCAGAUGGUUCCUACGAAACAGUCAGCACACAUUGUAAAAUCCAUUGUCAUAUUGUUUUCGCUCUGGUGUCUGGUUUUCACAAAAAUCCUCAACCAAUUUGAAAAUGACUUAGAGCAUAUAUCAAAGAAUGAUAUUUUCUUUUUGAUAUUUACUAUCAUAGCAUUAAUAAUUAUGCUUAUCAUAAUAUCUCGUCAACCUACCUCUCGCGUUGAUUUGUCAUUCAAGGUACCUCUGGUGCCUUGGCUACCAGGCAUUUCGAUACUCAUAAAUAUAUAUUUAAUUCUGAAACUAGAUAUAUUAACCUGGGUGCGCUUUAGCAUAUGGAUAUGCAUUGGACUGCUGAUCUAUUUUUAUUAUGGCAUACGACACAGUCGUCUGAAUCAGAGGGAGCUUCGAAACAACUCCAUAGCUCUGCUUAAUGAUUCAAAUAAAUCGCCAUUUCUAUGUGAA